AUGGCCGACCUGCAGGGACGCAAGGUCUUCAAGGUCUUCAACCAGGACUUUAUUGUCGACGAGCGCUACACGGUCACCAAGGAGCUUGGUCAAGGCGCUUACGGUAUCGUCUGUGCCGCCGUGAACAACCAGAGCAACGAGGGCGUCGCCAUCAAGAAGGUCACCAAUGUUUUUAGCAAGAAGAUCCUCGCGAAGCGCGCCCUUCGCGAGAUCAAGCUUCUGCAGCACUUUCGAGGGCACCGCAACAUUACGUGCUUGUACGACAUGGACAUUCCCCGACCGGACAACUUCAACGAGACAUAUCUCUACGAGGAGCUGAUGGAGUGCGACCUCGCCGCCAUUAUCCGCUCCGGCCAGCCCCUGACCGACGCCCACUUCCAGUCCUUCAUCUACCAGAUCCUCUGCGGUCUCAAGUACAUCCACUCCGCCAACGUCCUGCACCGCGAUCUCAAGCCCGGCAACCUGCUGGUCAACGCCGACUGUGAGCUCAAGAUCUGCGACUUUGGCCUCGCGCGCGGCUUCUCGGUCGACCCCGAGGAGAAUGCCGGGUACAUGACCGAGUACGUCGCGACGCGAUGGUAUCGCGCGCCCGAGAUCAUGCUCAGCUUCCAGAGCUACACCAAAGCCAUUGACGUCUGGUCGGUGGGCUGCAUUCUCGCCGAGCUUCUGGGCGGGCGGCCGUUCUUCAAGGGCCGCGACUACGUGGACCAGCUUAACCAGAUCCUGCACAUUCUCGGCACCCCCAACGAGGAGACGCUGUCGCGCAUAGGGUCGCCCCGCGCCCAGGAAUACGUCCGAAACCUGCCCUUCAUGCCCAAGAAGGCCUUCCCCAGCCUCUUCCCGCAAGCCAACCCCGACGCCCUCGACCUCCUCGACAAGAUGCUCGCGUUCGACCCGUCGUCGCGCAUCAGCGUCGAGCAGGCGCUCGAGCACCCGUACCUCCACAUCUGGCACGACGCCUCGGACGAGCCCGACUGCCCGACGACGUUCAACUUCGACUUUGAGGUCAUCGACGACGUGGGCGAGAUGCGCCGCGUGAUCCUCGAGGAGGUGAUGCGCUUCCGCCAGACGGUGAGGACGUUGCCGGGUGCUGCCGGCGCCUUGCCCGGCCUGGGCCAGCAGACGGGCGCGGGACAGGUGCCUCUGCCGCAGCAGGGCGGCCAGUGGACGGCCGAGGACCCGCGGCCGCAAGAGUACAUACCCCAUGGCGGCAACGGGCUCGAGCAGGACCUCCAGGCCGGGCUGGACUCCCGGAGGUAA